AUGUCUUCCAACAGCAAAAGCGUAGCCGUUAUUGGAGCCGGCAUUUCCGGCGUGGUCACUGCGGCGCAUCUUAAGAACAAAGGUCUUGACGUGACUGUCUUCGAGCGCUCUAGUGCUGCUGGUGGCAUUUGGCUUUACGACGAGAGAAAGCCACUUGAGCCUGCAUACCCAUCCGUAUCAGCUUCGAAGGCGGGGACAAGCUACACGAAAGAGGAUGUCCAAGAUCUGGAGCUCGAACGACUGUUGCAUGCCCCGCCAGGGCCGUGUUAUAUCGGGCUCCAAAACAACGUAUCCACGCGCCUUCUCGAAACCACGUUGAACAGAUUUCCGCCCGGCACGGAGGAUUUCGUGCCACAUAGCGUGCUCAAGGAUUAUAUCCAAGAUACGGCGCUCACCACCAGCGUCGAUGCUGUCACAAGAUACAACACCGAGGUCCAGAAUGUAUCAAAAGAAGGCAAGAAGUGGACUGUACGGACUUCGACGCUACAGAUUCGCGACAACGGGACGCAAUCUCGAGAAACUUCCAUUUCUGACUUCGAUGCCGUUGUUGUCGCGUCAGGCCACUAUCAUGCUCCGAGAAUUCCGGAUAUCCCUGGCCUGGCAGAGUGGAAGCGCCGGUAUCCACAGCGAGUGCAGCAUUCGAAAGGCUAUCGAAAACCCGAAGACUUCCGCGGCAAGAACUUCCUCCUCAUUGGGGGGUCCGUCUCCGCUACUGACAUUGCGCGCGAACUCGGUCCUUUUGCCAACACAAUCUACCAAUCCCACCGCAACGGACAAUUCGACCUAUCGUCUGCGUUGCUGCCGGAGAAUGGCAUCCGCGUGGAUGAAGUCAUUUCUUUCUCUACGUCCGGCUCAAGCACGCCCCUGCAGCCCUCAGACGCGAUCCCACUAACGGUGACGCUAAAAUCCGGCGCGCAACUCUGCGACAUCCACCACGUGAUCCUGUGCACAGGCUACCACCUCACGCUGCCCUUCCUCGCACACCUGCACGCCGACGACGUCCCUGCGCACGCCGCCAACGAAGAGGUGCUGGUCACAGACGGCACUAUGUUCCACAACCUGCACAAAGACAUCUUCUACAUCCCGGACCCCUCGCUUGCAUUCGUAGGCGUCCCCUUCUUCACGGCAACUUUCACCCUCUUCGAGUUCCAGGCCAUGGUCGUCGCGCACGUCUUCGCCGGCGACGCCCGACUCCCCAGCACUGCGGAUAUGCGAGCGGAGUACGUGCAGAGGGUCGAGAAGAAGGGGCUUGGUAAGAGCUUCCAUAGCUUGAGGGAGGGGGAGGAGGAGUAUGUGGCUGAGUUGGUGGGGUGGAUGAAUAGGGAGUUGGCCGCGCGCGGGAAGGGGCAGUUGGCGGGGCAUACACAGCAGUGGAGGGACGCAAAGGAGGAGCAGAUGCAGAGGAUUAAGGCGCUAUUUGCGGCGCCGAAAGGCGCACAGAGGAAGAUUGAGGUUACUUGUCAGAGUCAGAUUGAGGCGGAGGUUGGUCGUGGGACGGAGGGGGAGGGGACACUGGUGCAAGCAGCAGCGUAG